AUGGACAAUACCAAUCAAGUCAACUUAGAAACACAUCCAGAGAUCGAAAAACUUAUGUCUGAAUUUUCCAAUAUAUUUGAUGGUACCCUAGGUUGUAUACCUAACUACAAAGGUCGUUUCACCUUGAAUGAAAACUCAACGCCCAUCUUCGUCAAACCUAGACGCAUUCCAUAUGCGCUAAAGGAUAAGGUAGAUGACGAAAUAGAACGAUUAUGUAAACAAGGAGUUAUUACAAAGAUUGACAACUCAGAAUGGGGAACACCACCGAUUGUCAAACCUAACGGUAGCAUACGCUUAUGCGCAGAUUAUAAGGUCACCCUGAAUAAAGCCAUUAAAGAUGAGUACCUCAUCCCUAUCAUAGAAGACAUCCUGGUAGAGAUGAAUGGAGGAGAGUUGUUCUGUACAUUAGACCUUAGUCAAGCCUAUUUACACAUGAUGAUGGACGAAGAAAGUGCCAUGAUGCAGACCCUCAGCACACACAAGGGAACUUUUAAAGUAAACAGAAGUUCGGGGUCAAAAUAG